AUGACGACUACUUCAAAAAUAGCACCAUACGUUCAAAAGCCAAACAGAAUCAACAACAUCACGCAUGCGAUUGUGUUGUUGAAGAUGAAGCAGAAGAAGAAUGAGAAAUAUGCAACUAAGUACAUUCCAAGCACCAAAGUGCUCUACAAAGAGAGCAGUGACAAAUUUGACUAUUCUGAGGUGAUUCAGGGGUUUCUUGAGCAUAAAUUAGUGGAUAAGCAUAAAAAGAGCAUUGAAAGAGUCUUAAAGGAUUCUGAUAAAUUUGUAGCAGAAAAACUAACAGCAAGGAAAGAAGAAGUUGAAAUGGACUCAAUCAAUGUCAUCAUGAAGGCAAACACAGAAGAACGUCUUUUUCAAACUCCAUCACCUGUUACUUUUGGAGAUGAAUUCAUGCAUGACAUGUUUGUUUAUGUGAAUCAGAAUAUGGAACCCCAGCAGUUUCUAGCACGAGCCUAUGAGAAGUUUGUAAUGAGAUUCAUGAAGCAGAAUGGUGGACCAGAAAGCAAAAAUGCACUGGAACUUGUCAGAGACUUUGUCCGUCUCAAAUACAGCAAGAAUGAGUUCAAUAUGGCUGUUUUUGAAGACAGGUAUCUUUUUGCUGAAUUAUACUGUCUUCUCAGAUUAGGACGAAUAGAAGAUGCUAAGGAAUUGCUUUCUCAAUUCAGUCACUUCUUCAAUGGCAUCCAUUCCAAUUUUGGAGACAAUUUCACUAACUACCUUGAUCAUUCCAAAUUCGACAUGGUUGUCUGUACAAUGGCUGAAGACAAAUUCAAGAUGUAUCUUUGUAGUCUGACACGUAAGAAUGUGAUUUCUGAUGGUGUUGUUGUUUCAACAGUUGAAGACUACCUGUAUACGCUGUUACAGUGUAAUAGAAAACUGGAAUCUGAUGAUUUUGAGAACAAGAAGAUUCAGCUGCUAGUGAAUUUGUUCAACAAAGACACAAAGGCAGCUGCAAAGAUUCUACUCAAAUCUGAUUUCGAACUUGUUGCCAAAUUCCACAUUUUGCACCAGCUGUGCCUGGCUGACAGUGUCUACGGCCACGCCGAAGAGUCCACCUCGAUGCUCUCGUUACGAAGCUACUCAUCCAAAACAGAGAGCUCCAAACAGACACGCGUCUUUAUGAACUUCUUUUUUGCUGUGACUCAGAAAAUGAGCAAAAUGGAAAACAAGCUCAACUUGAUGGAUUUGAUCCAGAACAACGAGGAAUACGUCAAAUUAAUUCCUGAAUAUUUGAUCAAAUACGAGUUGUAUGAUCUGAUCAGAAACCCAUGUCUGAGCAGUAGCAUCUUCAGUCGCACCGUGGAGCAUCUUAAGGCAACAAACAGUCGCAAACUGCUUGAAUUUGCGAGUCUCCUUGACAUUUCCACGAGCCAGCACAUUGUUGAAGACGUUCUUGAGCAGGCCAUUCUGACUGAUGAGAAACUUGAAAUUGAUUUGAAUAAGAUCGAUUCAACCAGUACCAUUCUGGCUGCACUGAUCCCAUUCUACGAAUUCAACUUCAACCCAAAUCCAGUCAAUUUGAACAAUCUGGUUCUCUUCACCACUGAUGACAACCUGAUCAGAUUCAAAUUCAUCAUCGAACACAUCUUCAACAAGGCAGUUGCACAAAUCAGAGAGUCUCAGGACAAGAUCAAGGCGAAACGACUCUUCAAAUUGUGUGGGCAACUUGAAUUGAGCAACGAAUGCAGUGAAACAGUCACCAGGGAGCUGGUUGAAUUAAUUUAG